AUGUCCAUGAUGACUAAUUCUGUUGACAAUAUUCAACUGCAUGAAGAGCAACUCAUGACACUGCCAGAUGCAUUCCUGGAAGUGAUCUUGUCAGUGAACCCAGUUAAACUGGACUAUAUCCAUAUGUUCCUGAGGCUUGCAUUGCUCCAAAACAUUACACUGAAUGCCAGUCUUGUCACUGGCAAUCACUUCUCCAGAUGUGCUAUCCUCAACCUUGAGGGACACAGUGGGGAAAUUGAGGAAAUUCUUGAGUCCAUUAACACAGAUGACAGUGCUCCCUUGCUUCACCUCCUGUCGAUCCACAACAUUUCUUGUCCAAUUCAGGAGCAUCUAUUGAAUGUUCCUGAUAGGCUACUCAAGACUUCAAUGCCUCAUCUCAAAUUGUUGUUCUUAGAAAGAUUUAUACACAUGCCUUCUCUCAUCAAUCUUGUGGUCAUCACAAAUGCUGUGCUGGAAUUGAGUCCUGGUUGCAUCAUCUUGGUAUUGUCCACAACUGUGGCUGCCUUGCUGUACAGCUGGGUCACAGGAUGCACACACUGCAUGUCUGGAGUGCAGUGGUGGGUCCCUCCUACUUUUGCCCUCUCUGGUGCAGAUUUCAUCAAUGCUAAUCAUGGGCAAGCAAAUGUGGGAGAUGCUGACAUUCCUGAGUGGGUCACAAUGGUUGAAAGUCUUGAAGAUGAAAGUAGUGUUGGUGAUGUUGAAAACUAG